AAUUUGGAAGCUUCUUCCGAUGUUUUGAAUAAAGAUCUUAAUACACUCACCCAUAUAAUAAAGAAAGUAUCCAAAGAAUCUGAGGGGGAGGAACAUAAUGGAACAGUUACAGGUGAAUGUUCUGAAACAGAACACAUACGCAUUGAAGUCGACUAUCUUGAUAUGGGUGACUUUGUUGAAAAUGAAAUCCAAGAACUGACAAUUGAAUCACAAAUCGAUGGAGUAGCUAACGUGGCUUAUCGGACUCAAUUGCUAGUAAAUAUGGACGCUGCUAUAACUCAAAGCAAGAUGGCAAAAGAAAUAGCUAAUCUUAUAGUAGCUGAAAUUGAAGGUGGAGAUGAUUAUUCGUGA